AUGUCUGAAAGUACGAUAUCGCCGACGAGGAGCCCACUACUCACCCCUACUUCGACUGAUUUCCUCGACUCUUAUCCAUCCACACCUGUCCAUACGCCCCGACGAGGUUUACUUUCAAGCACGUCGGUGGACGAGAAACUCAGUCAAUUGUACAGCAUGCAGCUUGACACUGUCGCCGGUCGUAAACGAUGUCCUUUCUGCCCAUCCUCCCGAACCCGCACAUUCGAUCCUGGCGCACUCCAGCAACAUUUGUCGUCAGGCGUUCAUGCUAAGGGGUAUCUUACCCUAGCCCAGAAACAAACCGAUGAAAUGUCGUUCCAUUGCCCGCAAGCCUUAAUGAAAGGCACUAGCACAAAGAAGCCUCUGAAGCACUUUUCGACCAGCUACGUGCCACCUAACUUGAGACUUGGAAGUGUCGACAUGUUACCGUAUCUUGCUAGUCCUAAGGAGAAGGAUCGUCCAAGCGCAGCCAACCAAGACCUUUAUCGAACUGGCUUCAGAACUACAGACUACGGUAGCUUAAGCAAAUAG